GCGCUUGGAGUUUCUAGGACGACGGUUAUUUCUAUACCAACGAAAAUGCUGUGACGUAUCUUUUCAAAUUAAAAUUAUCGUUUACAUUUAACACGUGUUUCUGAUUUUAUCCCCUUUUGAACUUAGCUGUUAGUGAAAUUAAAAGUGACAUAGUUGGAAUCGUCUAUUAUUGAUGUGAAUAUUUAUCCCAGAUAAAUACGUUUGACCUGUAGUAUCGUGAAAUAACUCACAAGGUGCUAUCAUACGUGUUAGCUAGAUCCCAACCGAUUGGCAUUCGGCUAACGUUAUUAGAGUUUGUUCUAUGAAUAUAUAAGUUAGCAUUUCAAUAUUGAAUAACACCCGUUUGUAUUUACAUUUUGCUGAACUGUUGACAAUUGCGGAGUGGUUCAUCAAUCUGGACAGUUAUACUGAUGUAAACACAAAUUGUAUUGAAGAGUGGGAAUUUUCAAGCGGUAAUAUAUUUUUAUUGCUUACCAAUUUUCAAAUCACAUGAGAAAAAUAAAAAGCACGCAUCCAAAAUAUCUCAAGGUUUUAAUUCAAAUAAUUGAGUAUUUUUAUAUCAGAAUUAACCAUAGUUACCUUCAAUUUACUUUGAUCUAGGAAACAAAUUCGCUUUGGUUAUGAUCAUAUUUGAUUUUCCUAUUGUGUGGUUUUAAUUUACUGCUUGUUAUGUCUGGAAAGAAAUAAAGUUAUUGUGAUUAAUUCAUCGUUGUUAAACUCAUUACCUAGUUGUUUGAAAUAGUAUUCGUAUCGCAUAUGCAAAAUUUGAUUCAGCAUAUAAAUGUCACGAUCAAGUUCCUCUCUUUGUACCCCUAAACACAUACUUUAAUCUUUAUUCUGACAUUUUCGUUUUCACUAUUAAGUGUAUACACAAAUUACCGCUUCAGAAAUGAUUUACUAACCAUAGUGCAUCUGAACACUCUUCGAAAUACUCCUUUUUUAUUUGACCAUUCAAUUAGACAUUUUUAUUUUGAGUACGACUCCAUCACCAACAUGGUUUUGUAUGCCGAGAAUUCUUUAUUCGGAUUUUACGUUUCAACUCCAUUAUUUCAGCAAAUUUUAAGUUACUACUAUUCAAAACCCAUAGUUUACAAAUCACAAACAUUAAGUGGGUCCACUUUCGUUCUAAUUCUGUAGUCGGGAAUUAUUUCAGGUUUUAACCUCUUGUAAUUAUUAAUAUUUUUAAUGGUGAUCUAUCUCUUCCCUCUGUAGAUAUUGUACUACUAAGUGGCCAGUUACAGGUGUGCACAAAUGACCCGUAUAUCAACUUAUGUGGUCAAGAUACUCUUCAUUUUUCUCGGAUUUUGGUCAAGGAUUCCUCCUAAUAAAGCAUAUUCUCUAGAGCAGUCGUCUCCCACCACUCAUAAUCACUCUGUAAACGAUAGUCUCAAACAUCUCCAUAUUUUAUUUCGACAUGGUGACAGAUCUCCAAUCGUUAACAUGCCUGCUAUUCUGCACAAAAUUCCUUCUGCUUGGUCGCAAGGCUUCGGCAUGCUUACAGACAAAGGUGUAGAGCAGCACUUUUUUCUUGGGAAGUGGUUACGAUCAAAGUAUCAAGGAUUUGUUCCCAGUAAAUAUAACGGUUCUUAUUAUCAUGUUCGUAGUACGGAUGUCGAUAGAACUCUAAUGUCAGCAAUGGCAAAUGCAGCUGGGUUUUAUAACCAGUCUCCCUCUCCUCUGUCCGCUUAUGGCAUCAAUUGGUUUCCCAUACCUGUUCAUACAAAACCUCAAGUAACAGAUACACUUUUGGGUGUUGCACCAUGUCCUUAUCGGGAUUCGUUACAACGUAUACAAAUGGAUAGUCAACCAUCUAUUGAAUUUGAGAAAAAUCACUCAAAUUUAUUUGUCAAACUUACUAAUGUCUCUGGUAUUGGUCCAGUUAAUCGUCAUAAUGUAUGGUCCAUAUCCGAUUUUAUUACAUGUAUGAUUGCUCAUAACAUUACCCUUCCUGAUUGGUGUACAGAUGAUUUUUUAGCAGAAUUAUAUGAAGUCAAUAGAUUUUAUUGGGUGAAAAAAUAUUCUUCUUCAGAUGAUAUCAUUCGAUUGGAAAUUGGUGUCUUCUUAAACACAUUCGUUAAACAUAUACAUUCCAUCAUACGUGGGGAACAAUUGAAUUUAACUUAUGAAUAUACAUUAUCCACCGAACAUAUGAUGAUUUAUUCAGCUCAUGAUACUGAUGUAACUUAUAUUUUAGCUGGUUUCGGUGUUUAUAAUAAUCAAACAAUUAAUUAUGCAUCUACUGUUAUUCUAGAAUUACAUGGUCCAGAUAAAUCUAGCAAAGAAAGUGAUUAUCGUAUAAAAUUGUUGUAUAAAAAAGGUUGGACUGAUGAAACUGGUGAAUAUUUAACCUUACCAGCUUGUAAAGGUCAACCUGGUUACAAUGGUUGUCCUGUGAAUCUUGUAUUGGAACAAAUUAAACCAUUAUUAUUGAGUACUGAUAGAUUUUAUAAAGAAUGUUCAAUAGAUCAACCGGAUAGCGUAAAUUAUCGAUUACAUCCAAUUGUAUUUAUCUUUGUCGGUGCAUCAAUCUCCUCUGUAAUAAUGCUUCUAGUCUUUUGGUAUUAUUCACUGCGUUUACGUCGUUAUAACAGUUUAGACGUUACGGAACAACCAAUAUUAUAAUUGUUAAAUAAAGAAAUGAAAAUAAAAGAAGAUAUCUAGCAACAUUAUUGUUAGAAUCAUCGUCAUUGUUACCUAAAUCAUUAUCAUCACAACGUAUUUUUUACUCUUCCCUCCUAUGUGUUGUUCUGCGACGAUUUGCUAUUUUUUUAUACAACAGUGUUGUUUAACUCUUUUUGUUCUUUUUUAUGAUCGUUUUGAAUGUUGAUUAUAGUUUUCUGCUCAUAUAUAUAUACAUUAUUGUAGACUUAUUACUUUAUAUUUUGUUAUAUAAUUAAUAAAUUAAUGCAUACUCAGUGAACUGAACUGUACUGAAAUUAUUGUAUCACUUGUUAUACUUGGUUAAUGCUUU